AUGACAACGUCGGACGCAACGUUCCUCGCAGAGGUUGACAAUUUUCUCACCUUAGUUGACCUGCAAGUGUUGCCGUCGAUCUGCACUGGUGACACGCCGCAAGUGGAAGGAGCCAAUGAUGUAACGACAGGCAAAGCUCCCAGCAUACCAAAGGUCUCGAGACACAGGAAAAAGAAGGCACAGGACAGCGUCACUAAAGAAAAGGAGGAAAAGGCCAAGGCCCGUGCACAGUCUACAUUGACCGACCAAAAAUCGAACGAGAAGCCCUGA